ACGGGCUGCUCCGGGGUCGCACUUCCGGCCAUCUCCCUGGGAGACGCGCAUUGUGGAGUCAGGAGCGGGCAGUGAGCGCUGGGGUCUCCAGUGGCCCGGACCGCGGCGGCGGCCCCGCGAGCGGGAUGUUCCGGGGUUUGAGCAGUUGGUUUGGCUUGGAGCAGCCGGCGGCGGGUGGCCGGCAAUCCGAGGGAGACGGGCAGCCCGAGGGAGACGCUCCACCCGAGCAGCGCUCCGAGACGGUGGCGGAGCCGGCACCGCAGCAAACGGGGGACCAGGAGCUUCUUCACCAGGCCAAAGGACUCGGCAACUAUCUGUUUAACUUUGCAACGGCUGCUACAAAAAAGAUAACCGAAUCAGUUGCUGAAACAGCACAAACGAUAAAGAAAUCAGUAGAAGAAGGAAAGAUAGAUGACAUCAUUGAUAAGACAAUUAUAGGAGAUUUUCAGAAGGAGCAGAAAAAAUUUGUUGAGGAACAGCAUACAAAAAAAUCAGAAGCAGCAGUGCCCCCAUGGGUUGAUAGUAAUGAUGAAGAAACAAUUCAACAACAAAUCUUGGCCUUAUCUGCUGACAAGAGGAAUUUCCUCCGUGACCCUCCAGCUGGCGUGCAGUUUAAUUUUGACUUCGAUCAGAUGUACCCUACCGCCCUGGUCAUGCUCCAGGAGGAUGAGCUACUGAGCAGGAUGCGAUUCGCCCUUGUUCCUAAGCUCGUGAAGGAAGAAGUGUUCUGGCGAAACUACUUUUACCGGGUCUCCCUGAUUAAGCAGUCAGCCCAGCUCACGGCCCUGGCCGCCCAGCAGCAGGCUGCCGGAAAGGAGGAGAAGAGCCAUGGCAGAGAAGAGGAGUUGCCACUGACAGAGGCAGUACGGCCCAAAACGCCACCUGUCGUAAUCAAAUCUCAGCUUAAAACUCAAGAGGAUGAAGAGGAGAUUUCUACCAGCCCAGGUGUUUCUGAGUUUGUCAGUGAUGCCUUUGAUGCCUGUAACUUAGAUCAGGAGGAUUUGAGGAAGGAAAUGGAGCAACUGGUGCUUAACAAAAAGGAGGAGGAGACAGCCGUACUAGAAGAGGAUUCUGCGGAUUGGGAAAAAGAACUACAACAGGAACUUCAGGAAUAUGAAGUGGUGGCAGAAUCAGAGAAACGAGAUGAAAACUGGGAUAAGGAAAUAGAGAAAAUGCUUCAGGAGGAAAAUUAGCUGUUUCCUGAAAUAAAGGAAUAAUCCUUAACAUUGUGUAACUGACAUUAAAUUCUGGAUGGCAAUACUCGCUGAAUCAGAAGGCACAAAAGCGUAUAACUUUAUGAAUUUUAAAAUUAUUCUUUUUUCAAGCUGAAACUUGCCUCUUUUACUUUUAAAAAAAGUAUAUAGAACAGUUAUUCUAAUCAUCAAAAAGGGAUGUUUUGUGUAAUAUUUCUUUAAUAUAAAUCUAGUUAGAGAUGUUCUUCUAGUAAGUAUGGAUAUCUUUGCAACAGAAACACAAGUAAAAUUUUAGAGUUCUGUUUUCCAUGAGGUCAAAAAUGUAAUUCUUCAAUUGUGGUUUUCUAAACAUUUGUACUUCUUGUUGCAUUUUUGUUGAUACAUGUAUGUUAAAGUACUUACUUAAUGGAUUCAUAACCAUCAAAACGACCAAAUUGUACCAAAGAACUUAAGAGGAAGCACUUUCAGGACUAUUUUCUUGCUGGUUAUUUUCUAAAAUUCCAUCUGGAAGCCAAAAGAUAAGAUAAUUAUGUUGAUUUUGAUGGUAUAAGCAUCACAAAAUUUGACAUUGAGAAAUACUGUGCAAAAAUGUUUUUAUCUGGGGCCUUUUUUCUCUUUGUUUUUUUUUUUUAACUAUACCACAUUCAGUAAUGUUGUUUUCCUGAAUCUCACAUCACAGUUUUUGUAGAAAGCAGGGCCUUUCAUCCUUUUUGUAGUAAUUACCUUCAGAAGCCUGUUCACCUUAAAGUCUCAUUCUUGUUUAAAUCAUCACCACAUAUAAAUGUUUUAGCUUUGUCUUAAUUAAACUGUCUUUAUAAAA